CCUUCUCAAGUCUCAUCAAUUCAUGAAAAACAAAAAUGAUUGUGGGAAUUACUAUCACAUUACAUUCUUAUUUUACUCCCUCGAUCGUCAAAACCGUAAGAACUAAGAACAACGUUUAAGUCACUUCGAUGUCACAGUUCCUUCACUCUCAAGCUAUAUUCCACGUGCAUAAUUCUACUUAAAAUACGAAUCUACAGCAAUUUCAUAGAAUUAAACUGGAGUAUGAAGGAAAUGGGCAAUGGAGGGGCAGCAGAUCUGUUCAAAUCCUCCACUUUAGUGAAAAUCUCAGGAUUUAUACUUGUAUCCGUGGUUUUCUUCUACCUGGGCAAGCAUUUUUCCGAUGGCUCUUCACAGCAACUUGUUUUUUUCUCCUCCCACCGAAACCCAGAUCACAAUGAAAUUACUGGGCCACCGUCCUCGGUUGCACUCUCCCCGAAUCACAAUAAAUUCUUUAAUAUCACUGCCCUUAUAAAUGACACCUCUUCAGUCCAAAAGAAUGAAAACAAAGAACAGGAAAGCAUAGGAUCAGUUUCACCACCACCGAAUCAGCCGCCGCCACCGCCGGCUCCUGCGGUGAAAAGGAUGGGGGUGGUGGAUGAGAAUGGGGUGAUGGCGGAGGAUUUUGAGGUGGGGGAGUUUGAUACGGAGGUGGUGGAGAAUUGGGGGAAGGCAAAUGAUACUGCGAAUUUGGAGAGUCAUGGCAAAGGGGGUAAGGUUAGAGUUAGGGUUAACAAGUUUCCAUUGUGUCCGGAGAGUAUGAGGGAGUACAUUCCCUGUUUGGACAACGAGGAGGCAAUUAAGAAGUUGAAAUCUACAGAGAAAGGGGAAAAUUUUGAGCGGCAUUGUCCUGAAAAAGGCAAGGAAUUGAAUUGCUUGGUCCCCUCUCCGAAAGGAUAUCAAACGCCCAUUCCAUGGCCCCAAAGCCGCGAUGAGGUUUGGUUUAGCAACGUUCCUCAUGCACGUUUAGCUGAGGAGAAAGGGGGUCAAAAUUGGAUCACCAUAGACAAGGACAAGUUCAAGUUUCCUGGAGGUGGCACACAAUUUAUACAUGGGGCAGAUCAGUAUCUGGAUCAGAUUGAGAAGAUGAUCCCUGAAAUUGCAUUUGGCCACCAUACCCGAGUAACGUUGGAUGUUGGUUGUGGUGUGGCAAGUUUUGGUGCCUAUCUAUUGUCACGGAAUGUUACCACCUUAUCUGUAGCUCCAAAAGACGUUCAUGAGAACCAAAUUCAAUUUGCACUUGAGCGUGGUGUGCCUGCAAUGGUGGCGGCUUUUGCAACACGAAGAUUGUUGUAUCCAAGUCAAGCAUUUGACUUGGUACAUUGUUCAAGAUGUAGAAUCAAUUGGACUCGAGAUGACGGGAUCUUGCUACUUGAGGUCAAUAGGCUUCUCCGUGCCGGGGGAUAUUUUGCUUGGGCAGCACAGCCUGUUUAUAAGCAUGAAGCAAUUCUCGAAGAGCAAUGGGAAGAAAUGGUCAAGCUUACCAGUCGUCUUUGUUGGAAGCUUGUCAAGAAGGAGGGAUACAUUGCUAUAUGGCAGAAGCCCUUAAACAAUAGCUGCUAUUUAAGCCGCGAGGAAGGAACCAAACCACAGUUGUGUGAUCCAGAUGACGAUCCAGACGGUGUUUGGUAUGUUGAUUUAAAGGCAUGUAUAACACGAUUGCCUGAGGAAGGAUAUGGCUCGAAUAUUACCACCUGGCCUGCACGGUUGCAUAAUCCUCCAUAUAGGCUCCAGAGCAUACAGAUUGAUGCUUACAUGUCAAGGAAUGAGCUUUUCAGGGCAGAAUCAAUAUAUUGGAAGGAAAUAAUUGAAAGUUAUGUACGCGCGUUACAUUGGAAGAAGUUCAAACUUAGAAAUGUGUUGGAUAUGAGAGCUGGCUUUGGAGGAUUUGCAGCAGCACUGAUUGAAAAUCAAUUGGAUUGCUGGGUUCUCAACGUUGUCCCUGUUAGUGGACCCAAUACGUUGCCCGUCAUAUAUGACCGUGGUCUUAUUGGAGUUACACAUGACUGGUGUGAACCGUUUGACACAUACCCAAGAACCUAUGACCUUCUGCACGCUGCUGGCCUGUUCUCCAUUGAACAAAAAAGAUGCAAUAUCUCAACCAUCAUGCUCGAAAUGGAUCGGAUUUUAAGGCCCGGUGGACGUGUAUACAUUCGUGAUUCUCUUGCUGUUAUGGAUGAACUUGAAGAGAUCGCGACAGCCAUGGGUUGGCAUGUAUCAAUUCGAGACACAUCUGAGGGCCCUCAUGCCAGUUAUAGGAUAUUGACAGGCGAUAAACGCCUCCUUCAAGCAUGAAAUUAAAAGAUACUUGGGUCCAAAUCAUACCUUCCAUUUGUACUUGCAAGAAAGAAAUGGUGUCGCUUGUAUAGCUGUUAAAAUGAAAUGACAUUUACAGAUAUCUCAAGAAUGGUAAAACCCGAUACCUAGUUACUGCUUUACAAUUAUCGGAUGGGUAUAAGUUAGCAUUCAGUGGUCUAACAAUUCAUAGAAUUUUUAUAUUUUGCUGUUUCUGCUCUUGUUUUCUUUUAUAUUUGGGGAGUCAUUCACUUGUGUAAUUGUAAAAUAUGUGCAAGCUCCAGUUUUCAAAGUCAUUCUGCGGAAUAUUAUUGAACAUUUUGUCGCUAAUUCUUGACGCUGAUGCAUUAUUGAUUCUUA